GACAAUUAACGAAAAAAAAAAAAAACCCUUUCUCAAAGUUCGAUCAGAGGUAUGAGUUUUUUACACAAGUUGUGGGAUGAAACUUUCGCCGGUCCAGCGCCACCGCCGGAAUAUCAUAUCUGGAAGUUGAAAAACCAUAUAUCCGGCGAAAAUGGCCACCGGAAGUUGAUUGUCAAUCUAUGUCGGGUGCCGGAUUGUCCUAACGGGUCAAGCAUUAAUGUGGCUUCUCCUUUGACCCCUGGAACACCAAAUGAAACGCAUGCUACAAGUCUCAAUGCUUACGAUUGGAUUGUGCUAAACGCAUUGGAUCGUUGAAAAAAGAAGAGAAACAGUUUACGAGAAGAAUGAUCUGAAACUAGUUUUGGUGUUUACAUAAUGGUAAUACACAUAUGUAUGUACAUAAUGGUCGCUUUUGUUUAACACAACUUACAAAGAUAGUAUGAGU